CAAGUAAUUCGUCUUGUUCUGUUCGUAUUUAUCAAUUUAUUUGGUUUGGCAAAUGAUUAAUAAUUGUUUACAUUAAAUUUUAAAUUUAGGUACGAAGGAAAUUUAAACAAAUUUUAACCGAAAUUAAUAACACAACAACAUGGUUUCGAGUGAAGAAGAAUCGGAGAUAAAGGCAGGGGACGUUAUUGAUUGGGAUGUCGAUAUGGAGAUACAAUUGUUCUACGCGAUGGCAAACCACAAGCCGGUGGGGAUCAACAAACAUUUCCAAAUGGUUUGCAUUUGGGAGAAGCUAUCGAACUCUAUAACGCGGGAGAUAUCAACGCAGGAUAUAUGGAAACAUUUGAGCACGCUAUAUGACAUGAACAUGCUGGACGAGACAGAACCUAUACCGUUUCCGAAUCACGAAGUACCAUUCAGCUUACCGGAGAGCGAAUUUGGAUCGUUGGUGAAACAAAAGUGUAAGGAUGCAAUUUUAGGUGAUGAUAGUGAAGAUGGCAGGAGUCCUUCCCCAAAGACAGCACCAAGAAGUAAUUCUCGAGGAACAGCUGGAAAAGAUACACCUAAAGGACGUAAAGACAGUAUUAGUGCACUCGCUACUAAAACAAGAAAGGAGAGUGGCAGCUCACAUGCAUCAACGGAUACACCUAGCAUUAAGUCAGAAAAGGAUUAUGACAGAAGACGAGAUUCACGUGAUUCCAAUGCAUCGGGACCUAGAGACAGUUCUACGAGUAGAAAGUCUACAUCACAGAGAGAUAAAUCACAAAAGGCCAAAAUUAGUUCUAUUGCAGACGAAGAUACAAGCACACGACGCGGCAGGCGACGCGCGAAUACAUCCACACCGCCAUCGAGCAUACCAGCGAAGAGACGUCGCAUGUGACACACGCACAAACACUCGUACCACCACUUCUUCUGACACACACACUGGCGCCCCCUACAGGAGUGUGCCUGUAUUCGAGGGCGGGAAAAACGCAACGCUGUCAGAGUUUUUUUUUCUUAAGUGGUUGCGAGUGUGGGCUUAGGCUUUACUGUAAUGUAAUAGAAUUUGUAUAUGUGUAUGAUUAAAUGGUAUUUAAUUAUGUAAA